UAUAAUGCCUCCAUGUUUAACCUUUCGAGGAACUGUCAGAUUGCUUUCCAAAGUUGCUGCACCAUCUCACAAUCCUAUUCAAUCUUGCUAAACCUCAAUUUCCGUAUCUAUUAAAUGGGGAUAAUAAUAGUGCUGGGCUUUCUGGUCAAGAUGGCAGAAUAGACGGUCCCCAGUACCACUCUUUCCUGCAAAUCAACCAAUUUACAACUAUUAAAGAGCAACGACAGCCAAGCUGGGGCCACUGUGGCUCAGGAGAAGAGGAGGAGAGACCUACGGGGUGCAUGAAGGCAGGAGAAGCCAUGAUGAGAGAAAGAAAGGACCGCUCCCACCAUUUCGAGCCUGGGCUACUUCAAGGCUGGAGCUGGUGAGUGCAUGGAGCAAGAACUGGCAAAAACUGCAGCUGUGCCCUUUGUGUGAAGUUGCUUGGAGGCGGCAGGGGAGAAGAGGGCCUUGGUGGACCCCAGGCCAGCAAGACCACUGACAGGGUUCCCGUGGGCCCACAUUGGAGGGAGGAGCCACAACAACUGAAGAAAAGGAGCCACCCAGAGGCCGCAGGUUGUAAAUCAUGGCUGUGUGGAUACAAGCUCAGCAGCUCCAAGGAGAUGCCCUCCAUCAGAUGCAGGCGUUAUAUGGUCAGCAUUUCCCCAUUGAGGUGCGACAUUAUUUAUCCCAGUGGAUUGAAAGCCAAGCUUGGGACUCAAUAGAUCUUGAUAAUCCACAGGAGAACAUUAAGGCCACUCAGCUCCUGGAGGGCCUGGUGCAAGAGCUGCAGAAGAAGGCGGAGCACCAGGUGGGGGAAGAUGGGUUUUUACUGAAGAUCAAGCUGGGGCACUAUGCCACGCAGCUCCAGAACACAUACGACCGCUGCCCCAUGGAGCUGGUCCGAUGCAUUCGCCAUAUCUUGUACAAUGAACAGAGGCUGGUCCGAGAAGCCAACAAUGGUAGUUCUCCGGCUGGAAGUCUUGCUGACGCCAUGUCCCAGAAGCACCUUCAGAUCAACCAGACAUUUGAGGAGCUGCGACUGGUCACACAGGACACAGAGAAUGAGCUGAAGAAGCUGCAGCAGACUCAGGAGUACUUCAUCAUCCAGUAUCAGGAGAGCCUGAGGAUCCAAGCUCAGUUUGCCCCGCUGGCCCAGCUGAACCCUCAGGAGCGUCUGAGCCGGGAGACGGCCCUCCAGCAGAAGCAGGUGUCCCUGGAGGCCUGGCUGCAGCGCGAGGCCCAGACGCUGCAGCAGUACCGCGUGGAGCUGGCCGAGAAGCAUCAGAAGACGCUGCAGCUGCUGCGGAAGCAGCAGACCAUCAUCCUGGAUGACGAGCUGAUCCAGUGGAAGAGACGGCAGCAGCUGGCCGGGAACGGAGGGCCCCCCGAGGGCAGCCUGGACGUGCUGCAGUCCUGGUGUGAGAAGUUGGCCGAGAUCAUCUGGCAGAACCGGCAGCAGAUCCGCAGGGCCGAGCACCUGUGCCAGCAGCUGCCCAUCCCCGGCCCAGUGGAGGAGAUGCUGGCUGAGGUCAACGCCACCAUCACAGACAUCAUCUCAGCCCUGGUGACCAGCACGUUCAUCAUUGAGAAGCAGCCCCCUCAGGUCCUGAAGACCCAGACCAAGUUUGCAGCCACCGUGCGCCUGCUGGUGGGCGGGAAGCUGAAUGUGCACAUGAACCCCCCGCAGGUGAAGGCCACCAUCAUCAGUGAGCAGCAGGCCAAGUCUCUGCUCAAGAACUCCGAGAACACCCGCAAUGAUUACAGUGGUGAGAUCUUGAACAACUGCUGUGUCAUGGAGUAUCACCAAGCCACGGGCACCCUCAGCGCCCACUUCAGGAAUAUGUCCCUGAAACGAAUUAAGAGGUCUGAUCGUCGUGGGGCAGAGUCAGUGACAGAAGAAAAGUUUACAAUCCUGUUUGAAUCACAGUUCAGUGUAGGAGGAAAUGAGCUGGUUUUUCAAGUCAAGACCCUGUCACUCCCAGUGGUGGUGAUUGUUCAUGGCAGCCAGGACAACAAUGCGACGGCCACUGUUCUCUGGGACAAUGCUUUUGCAGAGCCUGGCAGGGUGCCAUUCGCCGUGCCUGACAAAGUGCUGUGGCCGCAGCUGUGUGAGGCGCUCAACAUGAAAUUCAAGGCCGAAGUGCAGAGCAACCGGGGCCUGACCAAGGAGAACCUCGUGUUCCUGGCGCAGAAACUGUUCAACAGCAGCAGCAGCCACCUGGAGGACUACAGCAGCAUGUCGGUGUCCUGGUCCCAGUUCAACAGGGAGAAUUUACCAGGACGGAAUUACACUUUCUGGCAAUGGUUUGAUGGUGUGAUGGAAGUGUUAAAAAAACAUCUCAAGCCUCAUUGGAAUGACGGGGCCAUUUUGGGUUUCGUGAACAAGCAGCAGGCCCAUGACCUGCUCAUUAACAAGCCCGACGGGACCUUUCUGCUGAGAUUCAGCGACUCAGAAAUCGGCGGCAUCACCAUUGCCUGGAAGUUUGACUCUCAGGAAAGAAUGUUUUGGAAUCUGAUGCCUUUUACCACCAGAGACUUCUCCAUCCGGUCCCUGGCAGACCGCUUGGGGGACUUGAAUUACCUUAUAUACGUGUUUCCUGAUCGGCCAAAAGAUGAAGUGUACUCCAAAUAUUACACACCAGUUCCAUGCGAGCCUGCCACUGCUAAAGCAGUUGACGGGUACGUGAAGCCACAGAUCAAGCAAGUGGUCCCUGAGUUUGUGAACGUGUCAGCGGAUGCCGGGGCCAGCGCCACCUACAUGGACCAGGCCCCCUCCCCAGCGGUGUGCCCCCAGGCCCAUUACAACAUGUACCCACAGAACCCUGAUGCCGUCCUGGACACCGAUGGGGACUUUGAUCUGGAAGACACAAUGGAUGUGGCGCGGCGUGUGGAGGAACUCUUAGGCCGACCGAUGGACAGUCAGUGGGUCCCUCACGCCCAGUCGUGACCCCGACCUCUCCAUCUUCAGCUUCUUCAUCCUCGCCAGGGGACUUACUCUUGUGGAUGUUUUAAUUCCAUGAACCGCUUCUCUUUGGAAACAAUACUCAUAAUGUGAAGUGUUAAUACAAUCGUGACCUUAGUAUUUCUGUGCAUGGUGGCACCAGUGAAGGGAGCGUGAGUGUGUGAGCGUGUGUGUGUGUGUGCAUGUGCAAGUUUGCACGUUGUGGUGUUUCUCACCCUUUCUAGAGUUUAGCUACAGCCCUGGGGCCAGAAACAGGCUGUGUUUGUUUUCACCUUGUGCAGAAAGACAGUUCCAUGAUCCCUGGAACUUAGUCAUGUCUUAAGGGUAGCUGAACUUCACCUUGAGGCUGUUUAGGAAAAGGACAAAGGGAGGACAAAGCACCCCCCCUCUGGCGAGUCUUCGUCACUCUGUCUGCCAUGCAAUUGAUGUCUAACCGUGAUUGUCUCCGCUUUUCUUCUGAAAUGUACGUAACUGCCUCUCGACAGAGAAAGCCAGUCCUCCUCUCUCCUCCUCUCCCUCUCCCGCACCCCUGUGUUCUUGGGUAGGGAUGGGAAAAGGAGCAACAUACAAACGUUGUUGGGGCAAGAGAGGUCACAGGUUUUGGCUGGAUAGUGGCUUUUUACAUAACACUUAGCUCAUCUUAGUAUUCUCUCUUUGUCCCCUCCCCUCCUCCCUUCCUCCCCCACUUUUCUCCCUUUUCAUCUCUCUGGAAUCGCCACUCGGUUUCUAUGUGUGUACAUACGUGCAGAUGCGUUUGACAAGACAGAGUAAAGGAAAGAGGCUCGCGUCCCCGAGAGCUUGCAGCAUGGUGUCCUGUGUGUUUUGGCCAGAGUGGCAUGCCCAGCCCUGACUUGCAGGCGCUCAGACUGUUGCCCUAUUACCAGGGAAGCUGCCGCCCCGCUCUGCCCGUCCUUGCUCCGCGCCAGUGGAGGCACAGUCCGAGGCUUUCUUAAGCCUUAUUGAUAAUGGCUCUUGGCAAAUGUUGACUGGUGUGUUUGUCCCUAAAUUGGGCCUUUUUUUGUUUUCCUCUUCCCACCCAAUUUUGACAUUAAAAUUCUUUCUUCCUGCAUAAGGUCCUAGGUCACUCGUACCCAGGUCACCUCAUUUCCCUUCACUGUUCACAUAUGACCAUCUUGAGGAGGAGGUGGCAGGAACGUGGCCUGAACCUAGGGCACAUGUGUUCAGCAGGUGGUCACCCUGCUUCAGGGUACCGGGUGCUGGACAUUGGUAAUUUGGGGAAAUGCAGUCGGUGGGUUUGCUGGGAAGUUUGGGAAACUAUUUAAAAAAAAAAUCAAAAAGCCUCAGCAUAAUUUUGUUCCAUAACUUCUAGUGUGUAGCUUUACAACAGAAGAAAGGAAUGAGCUAUGGCAGGCAGGGGGUGAGCAGGUAUAGCUUACGAGCAGGGCCUACAAGGCCACACCUGGUCCCCUCUCCCAAAGAAGGGCUUGACCACACCCAGGAGAGGAUGGUCCUGAAAACCUUAUUUUUAUACAUGUGAGUAAAUAGAUAUUUUUUUUACAAAAAUAACUUCUGAAUUUAUCAGCGUUUUGCUAUUAAAGGAAAACAUUCCUCUGUAAUAAAUUAUUUAUUGGAAGAUGACUUUUUAAAAGCUGCUGUUUGCCUUGGCUUGGUUUCAUACACUGAUUUAUUUUUGUAUGCCAGGCAGUUGAACCUCUGCCUCUGAGGAGCAGGCUGAGCCCUCCCUGGACACCAGCAUUGAUGGAGGAAGCUGCCGAGCCCCUCCCAACCCCUCCAGAUUUGAUUAAAAUUCCAACCACGAGGGAAGGUGAAAAGGAAAGCCUGACAGUGACGCCUCACCACACCUGCCUCCAGGUGGCACCCUGUUGGUUCCAGCAGCUGGGCUUGACAAGCUUUCACAUUGGUAGUGGCCUCAGGGCCUGCUGAGGGCAGAGUGGCUGGGCAGUCCACUGCCAGGCAGCUCUGAACUUACUUUACAGUCGGCAUUGGUGUUGGGAGGAAGGAGCCCAGGAGCGUGGCUUCCCUGAGCAUGGGGGUCCCCGAGUUGCUGAGCUGUCCUCCAUUCUACUGAGGCUGUGCCUAGAGAUGGGGGAGAUUUUUGACUGAAAGGUGCGCUUGCUCUCUGCCUUCUGUUUUUCUCUCUUCUCUCUGUUCAUGCAAACCACAGAAGAGGCAAUGGCAAGUCUUGGCCCCCACAGCCUCUCACCUGCACGCACGCGCAGGCGCACGCACACGUGCGCACACACACACACACACACACACGCACACACACACACACGCACACACACAAAGUCCUCAAACGUUUCAGCUCAAUGUGUGGUAUGUGCAGGGUUUGUAGGGGGUGGGAGGAGACUAAAUGCAAAUAUAACUUAAAAUGGAAGUAUACUUUUUAUAAUUUUUCUUUUUAAAACUUUGUGAAAUUAUUUCCAGAUACAUAUUUUAAUGUCAAGGCAGAUUAGUAUAUAGCCACCAGAAAAGUAUUGUGUACAAUUUGGGGCAGUCACAAAAUUGUGUAUUUUAUGUUACAAUAAAGACUUCCUCUGAAGGGACAA